GUUUGCCAACCACCAAUAAGCACCAAAGAAGAAGAAGGAGAAAGAACAUGUGCCUUAAAAGUAGGGACUGUAUUAACACUAUCCUAACCAUAUUGUUGGAGUUGUUUGGUGUCCAACAAUAGCAGCAGGGAGGUCGGGUACACAGUGUCUGUCAUCCUCUCGGUGGCCCUCCCCCCCUCCUCACUGCUUGGACUGGUCCAUUUUGCAUCUGAAAAAAUCUGAUAGUUGGAGAAGAGUUCUUCAUGCCAGGGACUGCUGUAGCCUCAGCACAUUGAGUACUGUAGCUGCUGGAUCACAUAAGAUAAUCAAAUGGAUGACAAAGAGCUGAGUGAUCCCCUGAAUAACCUAUCGCUCAUUAAAGAUGACUUGACCAGGUCAAAUAAGGGGUCCUCUGGUGACUCAGAGAAAAUGAUCCAGCGCCUGAAUGAUGAACUUCGAGAAGCCCAGGAGCUGGCUAAUACCGAGAAACACAAAUGCAUGGAGCUACAAGGUAUCCUGAAGGAUGAGAGAAAAGAAAAUAAGAAGCAAGCUGAUGAAUCUGCAAAACAGAUACAACAUCUUCAAGGCCAAAUGCGGCAGCUCCAAGAUGAAACGGGCCUUCUCAGAGAGCAGAUAGACGCCUCCUCCGGUUCACACGACGAGCUACAGAGCGCACGUGACGAGGUGAAGGCGCUGAAACGUGCACUGGAGGCAGCCACUGCUGAGCGGGACCGUGACGUCGCCGGUAUCCAGACUAACCUGGCAACCGCCUCGAAGGAUCUGGACAAAUGGCGUCAGACCGCCAACAAAUAUGAGCGUGAGAUUGACAGCCUGCAGCGUGACCUUCAACAACAGAGCAAGCAGUGGCAGAAAACUGCAGAAAUACAAGCCAGUGAGCUGCAGUCCAUGCAGGCGGAGUGUAAUGGCCUUCAGAAGGAGUGUUCUGCCCUGCGAUCUGAAAAGCAAGACACCGUGAAUAAGCACCAGAAGGAAAGGAGCGGUCUGCAGACGGAGUUUGUUUCUCUCAGAGCUGAGAAGGAUGAACUCCUCAAGACUCACCAGAAAGACAAGGGCAACCUGCAGAGCGACUGUGCAGCUCUGCGCUCCGAGAAAGAGGCACUACUGCAGAGACAGCAGCAGCUGGAGAAGGACCUUGCGAGCUCGCGUGCCCAGAAUGCUGAGCAGAGCAACAGCCUCAAAGCCCUGGAGAGAUCCCAGCAGGAGUUGGAGAAGAGACUGGCAGCCCUGCAGCUCGAGCACCAGCAGGAUAGCAACAAGCUGCAGACUCAACUGGAUGAAGCAGACAGCCACAGCAAGGCUCUGCAGAGAGAGUAUGAGGAGGCGAAGAUGGAGCUGUCAGACCUCAAGGAAAAAUAUGAGAAGACUGAGCAGGAAAAACAGACGCUUCAAGAUGAGUUUGAGGAGUGCAAAGCCAACAUGAAGGAAUUACAGGACAAAGGGACAAAGAAACUGUGGUUGAUCUGGGGGCCUGUGGCUGCUGUGGCUCUAACAGCUGUGACUGCUGCUGUGUUCUUCAGGACCUGAGGGCAACGUGUGCACACACACACACAUGCACACACACACACACACACACACACAGUGAAUCUAUAUUUGUCAUCAGAUUUCUCUGCACUGAAACUGUAAAACUUGCCCCCUUAUUAUCAUAUCUGCACUAUUAAUUAGGAGGGCUCAUCCUUAACACUGUUUAAUAUUUAAGAUGCUCUAUUUUAGAUGAGACGUUAAUAAAAGAUUGUCGGUUUUGUGUGCAAAUGAAUAAGUUUGUUUGUAUGCCUACUAUUAUUUGAAGGAAAAUCUAGUUGGGUCGUUUGUUUACUAUCAUGACUUAUAGGAUUAUCCAUUAAUGAAUGUAAAAGAUACGCUACACACUUAAUUAGUUCUAAAUAUAUAUGAUGAUAUUUUAGAUGGAGCACCUGGAGUUUGAACGUCCCUAAAUGUAACACAUCUGUGUAACUGUCAGAAUAAUAAAUAUUGUCACAAUAAUGUAUCCCCCGAAUUGAGUGCAUGAUGACUGCCCUAGAUACAUAACAAUACAUCGGUUCAUGGUUGUGGUGGGCACUGCUAAGAUAUUAUCUCUUCUAGAGAGAGAGAGAGAUUUUAAGGACAUUUUUGGACACUUGCAAGCAAACUUGGGGAAGGUAUUUGAGCAGAGAGCAGAUUAUUUCUGUUUAGCGUUAUUAAUAUUUCCGAAAACAGAAGUGCUACUUGCAGCUUUGUCGAGAUAAUCGAUGGACAGUCAUACAAACAUACACAGACAGACACAGAAUACUUCCUUUCUAUAGUUAGAUGAUGCUGCUUCAGUGCUACCUAUUGGCCAAAUGGCACCAAAUUUGUCAUGUUCACUCAGACAUCACAUCUACACAUAUCCACCAGAUGUGGUCGCAAUAGCACAAAGCGUUCAAGAGAUAUGAUGUUUUUGUAAUAUAGGCCCUGCCCACAGCAUUUGAGCUAAGUUUGAGGGCCAGCUACAGCAAAACUGUAUAAAACAUCAAAAAUCCACAAACAUAACGACUUCUGGUUUGGUCCAGAGAUGAUCUCUACCAAAUUUGGUGACGAUUGCUCGAAAUUUGUAGGAGGAGUAUCAAAAAAUCUAAAUGGCCGAAAAUCAUUCUAGACAGAAAUGGGCGUGGCUUAUAUAGAUAGAUUCAUCUGGGUUGUAAUUUCAACAACUCUCGUGUGACUGUUUGCUUCUGCUUUCCAUUUAAGAUACAGUUGUUUCUAUAGCGACUUCCAUAGACUACUGUUCAUCAUUUUAUCAGCCACUCAGUUUCAGCAUUACACAGCAUUUUUGUGCCAAUUAAAACACAGUAUGAGGUUAAGUUACGCGCAAAACAGACAUUUUAUCUAUAACAGCAAUCAACCACUAGACUGUACAUCACUUGUUAACCAAAGGGAAGUCAGUAUUACACAACAUAACACAACACAAUAUUAUUUAAAUGCAUGCUAUUUAGUAUAUUGUAUCCCAUCUUACCAGUAGCCACCACAAGAAACUGGUGUAAUACUUGAAAUGUCAUGUUUUUGAAACUUAAAUCUAAACUUGUAAAUAAACCCAAACUUAAAUUUGAUAUUCAGAGUUUUCUCAUGGUUAUAUGUUUGCAUGCAUUAUAUGAUUUUGUGGAAAAUCUCAAAUUCUAUCCAUGAAUAUAUAUCUGUUAAUCUGAUAGUUUGUUCAGUUCCCUGUAAAUAAGUACAAAAUCUAUGUAUUUUGUUAAGAAAUGGAAAGAUAUAGUUUCUUGGGUUUAUGAAUAACUGCUCUAAAAUGUAAGAUUGACCUCAAUUAAAGAUCUUAACCUCA